CUGCAGACCCUUCUGAAUCAGCAGAGCUCGAAAGCAACGACAAGAUGUGGAAGAGGUCAAAGGUGACCGAUCAAACUGCCGCUGGGCAGGCAGGCAUUAAGAAGAAGUCGAAGGUGCCCGGUGUCAUGAUAACACAGUUCCAGGAGGAACUUCCGGAGGGAAUGACAACUCCAGAUUUUACUCGCAAACCUAUUGCUUUGACUAUUCAAGAGAAUAAGGUUGCAAUCUUUAAAGCCAUAAUAGUGGGCACCCCAACACCUACUGUAACAUGGAGCAGAGCCAACAAGGAAAUCGUUUUCCACCCUGACUUGUGUGUGCAAAAGUACGAUGAGACAACUCAAGAGCAUACACUCGAGUUUCCUAAGGUCGCUUCAGAGGAUGCAGACACCUACAAGUGUUUUGCAAACAACGAACAUGGAAGGGCUAUCUGCACUGUUCUCCUGAAUAUCAUUUCUGUUGGAUUCUCUAAAACCAAGGAACUCCAAAAGAAAGAAGGUGAAGAGGCAACGGAUCUCAGGAAAAAGCUUAAAAAACGUAAUGACGAUGGAACACGUGAGCAAAAGCAGAUGGAGCCAGAGGAGAGGGUCUGGGAAAUUCUCAUGAGCGCAGAGAAGAAAGACUACGAGCGCAUCUGCAAUGAGUACGGUAUCACAGACUUCCGCCGCAUGUUGAAGAAACUCACUGAGAUGAAGAAGGAGGAGGAGGAGGAGAUUGCUGAGUUUGUUUCACACAUCAGUACCCUGAAACCUAUUGAAGUCCAAGAUGACGACUGUGCAACAAUUGAGUUGGACAUGGACCUCAAGGAUCCUUGUAGCAAAAUCUUCCUGUACAAGGAUGGCGUCAUGAUCCCAUUCACCAAAGAAGACAGUGAGGCCCUGAAGCAUAGCCUGAAAAGAAUUGGCAAGAAAUAUGUAUUCACAAUUAAGAAUCUAGGCUCAGGAGACGCCGGACUCUACUCAGUGGAUGUUGGGGGUUGCAAUGUAUUCUCAACUGAAUUUAAAGUGCCUGAAGUCGACUUUGCUGUCAAAAUCAAAGAGGUCAAGGCAGAAGAGCGAGAGGACGCCAUCUUUCAAUGUGUCCUCACUGCACCUUUGAAUGAGAUCAAAUGGUACGGCAGAAGCGCUCCGCUGACACAUAGUGAGAAAUUUGAAAUCACUGUAUCCGAAGAUAAGCUCAUCCACAAGUUGAUCGUGAGAGACUGUUUGCAAUUGGACGGAGGCAUCUAUGCUGCUGUGGCAGGAAUCAAAUCCUGCAAUGCCUUUCUUGUAGUUGAAGCGGACAAGGAUCCCUCAAACAAGGGCAAGAAAGGAACUCGCAAGACUACCAUGGCUGGAGACAAUAAUGAUGAAGAUCUGAUCAAAAUAGCUAAGGAACAGCAGGAAAAAUACCAGAAGGAAAUGGAAGAAAACAUGGAAUUGGCCAAGAUAGCCCAAGCUGAGAGAGAAGUUGCAGAUGCAGCCGUCACAGUCGAGGCUGAAGAAGCCAAAAAGGCAGCAACUGAAAGAAAGGCUGCAGCUAGGGCCGCAGCCAAGGCAAAAAAGGCAAAGGAAAUGGCUUCAAGGAGAGCUGGUGGUGCAGGGGGUGCUGGAGCCGCUGGUGGGGCGGGGGGUGCUGGAGCCGCUGGUGGGGCGGUGGGUGCAGGAGCCGCUGGUGGGGCGGGGGGUGCAGGAGCCGCUGGUGGGGCGGGGGGUGCAGGAGCUGCUGGGGUUGCUGGAGGUGUUGGGGCUGAUGGGACUGAUGGGGGCCAAGGUGCUCGUAGUCAUCCCGAUGAAGAUGACUACGAUUCACUUCAAUAUUCUGAUGAAGAAAUGGAGGAAGACGGAGAAGGAGUGGAGGGAGGAGCUGGCGGAGGAGCGGGAGGAGGAGUGGGCGGUAAAGUGGGACAUGGAGCAGGAGGUGGAGAGGGAGUAGAAGGAGGAGAAGGAGGAGAAGGAGGAGAAGGAGGGGAACAAGGUGGAAAAGGAAGACGCAAGAAACGCGUCAGAGAUGGUCCACUCGUUGCAGAUACAGAGAUAGACACUAACACAGAAGCCAGUGGUGCCAGGGGUGAUAAUGGCACCAGGCCAACGCAAGGCAUUGAUGAAUCUGCUGAAAAUGGUGAGGGGGCAGACGGCGGUGAGCCUGCAGCAGCUGGCAGGCGAUCAGGCCGUACGCGGCAAGGCCCAUUGAUCGUGGAGACAGUUAGUGACCCAGGAGUUCACUUUCAUGCGGGGCUUUCCGACUGCAAAGCCAUUGUUGGAGAAGCAGCAGAGCUGGAGUGUAAAGUGAGCAGGGAAGACUGUGUGGGACUCUGGUACAAAGAUGGAGAUGAGAUUCAAUCGUCUGAGGGUAUAACCAUUACAAAAGACGGAACUUUCCACAGACUUAAAAUCCACAAAGUCACAGAGGAAUUUGCUGGGAAAUAUAAAUUUGAAGCAGACGGACGGAAGACAGAGUCUUUAAUUGUUGUUGAAGACCCACCCAGAUUCCCUGCCGAGGAUCUGGAAGCAUUCAAAACCCCUGUAACUGUGAAAAAAGGACAUAGAGCAACCUUCAAACUACCCUAUAUCGGACGGGAACCUCUAAAGAUUCAGUGGUACCUUGAGGGUGAAGAGCUUGCAGAGGAAGGACAUAUUAAGAUUGAGCACUCGGAGGGUUGCAGUAGUCUGAUUCUAAACAAGCUGCAGCGCAAGGACAGUGGUGAAGUCAAGAUAAAACUCAAAAAUGAGUUUGGCACUGUUGAGGCCUUCAGCAAGCUUAUUGUCCUGGAUAAACCCACUCCUCCAAUGGGACCUCUGGAUAUUGUUGAAGCCUCCUCCUCUGUAAUUGACUUCAAGUGGAGGGCCCCAAAAGACAGUGGUGGCUGUAAAAUAGACAACUAUAUCCUUGAACGACAACAAAUUGGCCGCAACACUUGGAAGAAGGUGGGUCCGAUUGGUCCAGAGAGCGCAUACCGGGACAGUGAUGUAGACCACGGCAGGAAGUACUGCUAUCGCAUCAGAGUGGAGACUGAAAUGGGCACCAGUGAGCUAAUGGAAACUGAGGAUAUUCAAGCUGGAACAAAAGCAUACCCUGGUCCUCCAUCUGCACCAAAGGUUGUAUCUGCCUUCAAGGACUGCAUCAAUCUCUCUUUGGUUCCUCCAUCCAACACUGGAGGAACCAGUAUUCACGGAUACAACCUUGAGAAACGCAAAAAGGGCAGCAACCUGUGGGGCCCAGUCGUCCCAGCUGAAGGAAUUAUCAAAGGUAAGGGAUAUGGAGUUAAAGACGUGGUUGAGGGAAUUGAGUAUGAAUUCCGCGCGGCAGCCAUCAACGACUCUGGAGCGGGUGAAUUCAGUGUACCAUCUGAGUUUGUGUUUGCCAGAGAUCCUAAAAAGCCUCCUGGUAAAGCCAUAGACUUUAAAGCGACAGAUUCCACCUACACAACCCUGUCCCUGUCUUGGACCAAACCCAAGGACAUUGAGGGGGUUGAAGAUGACGCCAAAGGAUAUUUUGUGGAGAUCCGGCCUGCAGAAUGCACAGAAUGGGAUCGCUGCAAUGCAAAUGCAUUAACCAUGACCUCCUAUACAGUGAAAGGUUUGAAGUCAAUGGCCAUGUACUGGGUGAGAGUCAUUGCUACUAAUGAUGGAGGAGAGGGAGAUCCACAGGAGCUGGUUAAUUACAUCCUCGCUAUGCCCCCUCCUGUGAGACCACGAUUUACUGAUGCCAAAAUCAAGAGUUUCAUGGUGGUGCGAGCAGGAAAUUCUGCAAGAUUCAACAUUAACUUUGAGGCCUCUCCUUGGCCUGAGGUGACCUGGCUGAAAGAUGGAGCACCUGUUAGUAAAAAGGUGACCAUCAGCAAUGCAGAGGUAACAUCCCAGCUUCUGAUACCUUCUGCUGAGCGCUCAGAUACUGGAAUCUAUACUAUCAUUAUCAAGAACGUUGUCGGACAAGAAUCCAACAGCAUUGAAAUUAGAGUUACAGACGAACCGAAGCCACCGGGUCCCGUGGAGACUGACGAGAACGUGCCUGGCACAGUGACCGUUUCAUGGACUGCGUCUCCUGAUGAGAAACGUGACGACAGGCUGCACUAUAUGGUGACGAAGCGCGAUUCAAGUAAAAGAACAUGGAAUACUAUUGCAGAUCGCAUCUUCAACAAUAGAUUCACAGUCUGCAACAUCAUGCCGGGCCGAGAAUACCAGUUCAGAGUCUAUGCAAAGAACGACAUGGGCUCCUCCAAUCCCAUUGAAUCACAGAAGUGGCUGAUUUCUGCCAAAAAAGAAAAGUUCGUUGUGAACAUGCCAGAAACCAAGACAUGUGACCUACAGUGUGCGCCCAAGUUCCUUGUCCCACUGAAAAUGCACAGUGCCCCUCAAGGCUAUGAAUGCUACAUGAGCUGUGCUAUAAAAGGGGAUCCUACACCUCAUGUGACAUGGCUCCGCAACAAUAUCAGUCUGAAUACCAACACUAACUACUUCAUCUCCAACACCUGCGGAGUCUGUUCUCUGCUCAUAUUGAGGGUUGGACCCAAAGACACCGGGGAGUACAAGAUCGCUGCAGAAAACUCUUUGGGGAGGGCAGAGUGCUCCACUAAACUCACCGUCAGAGACUAAAUGAACACACAGAAGACGGUCAAAUUGCUUUAAACGCAUACAGACACCAAGAUGGUAUUUAUAAUCAGCAUACUACAUCUUUAGAUUAAGGCAAGCCUUUCACACGUAGAAUGAAUUGUAAUUUAAUAUUGCUUGUGAUUAUAUCAUAUAAUUAUUAUAUAAUUAUAUCAACUAUUUGACAAAUUUGUAUACAUUCUGGCACAUGAUUAAAGGUAAACUUACAAUAAGGUGUUAGGCAUAGGCAUUUUGCUAAAAUAAAAGCCAGAAACGUGUUUUGUUUGUUUUGAUUUCAAAUGUACAAUCUCAAUAAAGUGGGUGCUUGAAAAACUAGUGUGCAAUCUGACAUUUUAACGGAGGUAAUAUGCAAGUGGAAGAGGGAGUUCAAUACAGAACACUACUUGACACUUAUUUGACGUGAUUUUUAAAAGUGGUUUGUCUAAAGCUGGUUGGAUUUGUUAUUUUUCCGUAUUUGUGGUUUAAAAUCCCCUGUAGUACAACUGAAAUGACAAAGAAUACUGAUAAAUACGACAAAUGUAUCUUACAUUGAGUGUUAUAGUCCGUUAUACAUAUGCAAUUAUGUGGGAUUAGUGUAAAUAAAUAUUAAAUAAUGGUACAGUA